AUGGGGCGCCGGCAAGUCGUCUGCCCAGUCAUUGGGCGCCCGGCUCGGCCUGUCUCUUGCUCUCUUGCUACAUCCUCUUUGGUAACGGUGCAGUUCCGCGAAGCCCACCGCUCUUCGGUUUUGCCAAGCCAGUUGAAGUGGCGUUCAGUCGCGGUGAAGACGGCGGUCGGGCAAGUGCGCGUCCCUCCCAAUCUGGCAGAUUCUGUGUCGCAUGUUCAAGAGCAGCAGAGACCAUGCCGGCAGCUGCUCACCGGCGCCACAGUGUAUGGAAUGUGCAGCGUGUGGGCCUCACUUUUGUUGGGGCGCUUGUGGUGUGGUGCGUGCCAAAGCGCACUGGAAGCGACAAUGUUUUAG